ACUUUAGUCUAUUUAGUUUCCAACAGUUUUCUCUUUGCAUUUACAGCUCGUGAGCUAACACUAGGAGAAGCAAUCAUUAACUGCAAAGAAACAGUAGGUAGCUAUUGCGGGUUAGCCAGCACAAAACAAACAACAUGAUGGUUGCCAAUAGCUAGCUACAUCAGUACAGUAGCCAAAUAGUCUCCUAAAACAAUACGGCUAGUCACAGUGUUAGUAAAAGCAAAGUGACAUUGACAGUUUCCUAACAGUUUUACAGACAGUCAAUACAUUCUGGUGUCUUUAUCAACCAUUAUAUAAUGAUAAGGGCUUGUAGAAAAUGGUUGCUUACAACUACUUGAAUUUGAAGUAAAGUAGGAAGAUUAAUUACAUCCUAACCAUCUUAAAGGGAAUGUUAACCCAAAUCACAAAAUGUACACAUUGGUUCCUUCCCCUUUAAAACAGCACUGUUACCAUGGUUACUCCAUGGAUUUUCAGUAUGAGCGAAUCCACCCUAAAAAAGACGCAAUAGUCUCUAAAAGCCAGAAUGUUGAAUAAAAUGACAUUUACACUUACUUUACCGGUUGUACAUGUUGUGCUUUUGGCGGUAGGAGGUGGAGAUGGGGUAUCCACAUAAAGUGUUGUUUACUUGACUUUUUGCGUUGCCGAUAGGUUCUGUCGCUUGUAUUUUCAAUCUCUUGACGCGUUGCACGUGAUGUACAAUAUGUAAACAAUCGUCGAUAUUAGAGGUCGACCGAUUAUGAUUUUUCAACGCUGAUACCGAUUAUUGGAGGACCAAAAAAAGCCGAUACCGAUUAAUCGGCAGAUUUGUAUAUAUAUAUUUGUAAUAAUGACAAUUACAACAAUACUGAAUGAACAAUUAACACUUAUUUUAACUUAAUAUAAUACAUCAAUAAAAUCAAUUUAGUCUCAAAUAAAUAAUGAAACAUGUUCAAUUUGGUUUAAAUAAUCCAAAAGUAAAGUGUUGGAAAAGAAAGUAAAAGUGCAAUAUGUGCCAUGUAAAAAAGCUAACGUUGCUCAAAACAUGAGAACAUAUGAAAGCUGGUGGUUCCUUUUAACAUGAGUCUUCAAUAUUCCCAGGUAAGAAGUUUUAGGUUGUAGUUAUUAUAGGACUAUUUCUCUCUCUACCAUUUGUAUUUCAUAUACCUUUGACUAUUGGAUGUUCUAAUAGGUACUUUAGUAUUGCCAGCCUAAUCUCGGGAGUUGAUAGGUUUGAAGUCAUAAACAGCGCAAUGCUUAAAGCAUUGCAAAGAGCUGCUGGCAAACGCAGUAAAGUGCUGUUUGAAUGAAUGCUUACGAGCCUGUUGCUGCCUACCACCGCUCAGUCAGACUGCUCUAUCAAAUCACAGACUUAAUGAUAAUAUAAUAACACACAGAAAUACGAGCCUUACGUCAUUAAUAUGGUCAAAUUCAGAAACUAUCAUUUCGAAAACAAAACGUUUAUUCUUUCAGUGAAAUACGGAACCGUUCCGUAUUUUAUCUAACGGGUGGCAUCCAUAAGUCUAAAUAUUGCUGUUACAUUGCACAACCUUCAAUGUUAUGUCAUAAUUACGUAAAAUUCUGGCAAAUUAGUUCGCAAUGAGCCAGACGGCCCAAACUGUUGCAUAUACCCUGACUCUGCGUGUAAUGAACGCAAGCGAAGUGACACAAUUUUCCUAGUUUAAUAUUGCCUGCUAACAUGAAUUUAUUUUAACUAAAUAUGCAGGUUUAAAAAAAUAUAUACUUCUGUGUAUUGAUUUUAAGAAAGGAUUGUGCUUUUUUCGCAAAUGUGCUUUUGUUAAAUCAUCCCCCGUUUGGCGAAGUUGGCUGUCUUUGUUAGGAAGAAAUGGUCUUCACACAGUUCGCAACGAGCCAGGCGGCCCAAACUGCUGUAUAUACACUGACAGAACGCAAGAGUGCGCUUGUUAAAUCACCCGUUUGGCGAAGUAGGCUGUGAUUCAAUGAUCAAUUAACAGGCACCACAUCGAUUAUAAGCAACGCAGGACAAGCUAGAUAAACUAGUAAUAUCAUCAACCAUGUGUAGUUAACUAGUGAUAAUGUGAAGAUUGAUUGUUUUUUAUAAGAUAAGUUUAAUGCUUGCUAGCAGCUUACCAUGGCUCCUUGCUGCACUCGCAGCAAGGAACAGGUAGUCCGUCUGCGGAGUGCAAUGUAAUCGGCCAUAAUCGGUGUGCAAAAAUGCAGAUUACGAUUGUUAUGAAAACUUGAAAUCGGCCCUAUUUAAUCGGCCAUUCCGAUUAAUCGGUCGAUCUCUUGUCGAUAUGUCACCAAACCUAGUCGACUGAAGCACGUUUCCUCGCAAUCAGCUGGAAGUGUUUGCCAUUCGGUAUGUGGUUCGGUUAGGCUUGGCCAUAUUGUGCAAGUGUUUGUCAAUUGCAUCAGUAUUGAAAACAAAAACCGAAAAUAAAAACUGAUAUACAGACCAGUGUACUGAAGGUCGGGUUGAUAAUAUUUCCCUGUGGAUAUUUUGUAUCAGAUUACCUCUGACAUAGGGACAAAAUUGGCGGACAAUAGGUAAAGUAUGUGGAAUUUAAGUUUGUUCAACAUUCUGACUUGUAAUGGGACUGUUCGGAAUUGCUGAGCCUACAUGAUAGAGAUGAGUGUAACUAUUUCACACUCGGAUUCUAAAAGAGGAUAUCGAUGGACAAUGUCUGGCAUGGUUUCCACAUGCUGACGUUUUAGCAUUUGUGUUACAAAUCUCAUUCAAGUCAUGGGACCAAUAUUAGCUUCAUUUUUGUGCAUCAUGUCCAAAUCAUCCAAAAUUAUCUGAAAUUGAUUGAAGCUCAACAAAGUCACUUAUAUGAUUUAAACAUGACGCUCGAAAAAAAUCUAACACCCAGUCACUCUUCCAGUACUGAGCGAUUAACCGAAACGUCAGUUAUUUUUAGUUUUUUUAACUAAUUGACUGAUUUCGGUUCAAUUAUUAAAAUUGUUUUUUCUUUUUCUGUGAGCUCAAUGUGCACAUUGCAGUUUCUGUAGAGAUAAAUCAGAUCAAGCCUGAACUGUGCGAUGUAGUAGGGAGAUGUAGUUUCCAACAGGCCAAUAUUCUACAUAAUUACCACGUUUUCUGCAUUAAAUGAACUACAAUGACAAUCCCUUGCACACCUACUCCGGUAUGUUUCUCUUUUAUGCCUGCUACGUUAGGUUAGUGUGGGGCAGACAAGGAGAGAGAAGAGACAGAAGAAUGUGCGAUCGAGAGAGAUAGAGAGCAGUUGCUUCGAGGUAUCUUUACCUGGAAAUACAUGAUCUAGGUGAUUGAUAGUUAUAAAGACAUCUUCCUUUCCUUCUCCUCCCUACGCCUCCUGGCCCCUCCCAUCCGGCUGGUCUCUGCUGCCAUGUGGAAGGUGAUGAAGCAACGCGAUGUGAUGCAUUAUGGGAUGCUGGAGGAGUUUGUGACAUCCUGCUGUGAGACUGUCCCUGGCCUGCUCACAUCUAGACACCAGGCCAAGCUGGCUCUGGGGCUGAGAUCACGGCUGAUCUUAGAGCUGUGCAAUGGCUCAGACCCACCAGAUCCAUCGGUUGUCCUUCCCCAGCUGGAAAGGAUCCGUGCCCCCACCCCGUCCUCUGCCCUGAAAAAGGAUGUGAAGAUUGAAACAGCAAUGACCAACCUCCGGGACCUGGUUGAAAGCUUUCUGAAAGACCCCACAGAGAGAGAACUAUUCUACAAGGUGGAGUUUCCGUCAGAGUAUGGGCCUCAGUUUGACCAGGAGCUGGAGAAACUGCUGUGGGAGUUCCUGCUCAGACUGGACCAGCUUCUCCCAGUGCCCAACCUGGCUCAGACGGUGUCGUGGCUCACUGCUGCCCCUCCUGUCCUGGAGGAGUGUGCGCAGGCUGCCUCCCAACCGCAGCUCCUGAGGACCCUGCUCCAGCACCAGAUCUGCCUGGGACACCUGGAUUCUGCAGCUUCUCUCCCUCCGUGUAUGGGCGACUACCUCCUCUCAUCACUGUCUCUCCCUCCCUCUGGAAGAGUGCAGCAAAGCGUCCAAUCAAGAUCUAAGCCUGCCUCGGUUUGCACCCCAAGCCCUCUGUCUUUAACCCCAUUAACUGAUUACAGACAGACAAACUUGUCAUCGCCCGUCGCACCUGUGAUUGGUGGGAUUUGCAACGAAGACCUUCCAGCCAUGGCUUCAGCCAAUAAGAGGGCAAGAACUUUCCAGGAAGAUGUUAUUAUCCAAUCGGUUUCAAGAGAUGUGGAGCAGGACGCUGAGUCAACAGAGAGGUCAAAAUAUACAUUGGUCAAAAGCAGAGAAGAGGAAUCCGAAGAGGAUGAGGAGAUCAUGGUCAUGAGAAGAGGGAGGAAGAGGAGAGACAGAGGGAGUAAAAGUGUGCUCAGGAGAGGGCGUGGGGGGGGGGUUGUUAGAGAUGGGGAGAAGGAGGAUACGACGAGCGGUAGAGAUGGAGAGACUGAGAGAGACCUUCUUAGGGACUGUUUGGUCCAGUUGGGGAUCGCAAACCUAAAGGUUCCGGAAGACCAUCGCCUCUAUUCUUACAUCACAUCCUGUCUGCUCAACAAACCCAGGGUGCUCAUCCCCCGACUGACUUCAACAGACAUCACUGCUCUUAUGAGGUCACAACCUCCAUCCUGCAGCAACGGGACACCAACAGCAGGGGAAGGGAGCUCUCCAUGGGGACAGAACAAGAGGCCAAAGUUGCCGGUGAUAACGGCAUGUCGGCUUCCUUCGACCUGGCAACGGAAGUUGAGUGACAGGUCAUUGACCCUAGAUAUGGAGCUUCCAGCAUCAGCUGACAAAGAAAAUGUUAACUUCUCCAAUAACCGGUGACACAGGAUGUCAUUGGAUAUUCAGAGGAUGAAGCGACAAAGAAUUUCAAAGGCAGUGUGUUUGUGAAGCCCUACUACAGGUCCAAGCACGUAAGUUCCCAACCCUCAGGGAGUUCUUUAAGGUCUGCAUGGCCCGACGCCACCUGCUGUCUCACGGCAACGGACACAGAUGACACUCAAUAAUUCACAGGUCUAUGGCAAAAUCAUUUCUAGCCUGGUCUUAGAUCUGUUUGUGCUGUCAUGCCAAUUUAUAUGGUCUGUUUGCUAGACAUGGCAAAAUCAUUUCAUCAUCCACGGUAAGAAAAUAUUUAAUAGUGACUGACUAGCAGAGUUAAGUUUCUUUAUCUGAAUCACUUUGGAAUAAGCAUUUUUUAAAACCUGGGUGACUUUUAUUGUGAAGUCAGAAUGAUUAACCUGUCACAAACUUCACUACCUGUGUGCUGUAAUACUUGUCAGUUCAAUUGGCCAACACAUUUUAUUUUAGGGGUUAUAGGAAUAUAUUGACACAUUGAUAACUGAGGCAACAACUUGCACAAAUUGGUUGAGGAGAAAAUAGUUUUGCUAAUUAGUUUGACUAAUUAUAGAGUUCAAUUGUCCCUUUCUAAUAACCAGAUGCAGGAUCUUCAAUAAGCAAAUAAUGAAUCAAAGGGAAAUGUAUGCAUCUGCCAAAUAGUUAUUUUUCACACAUCUCAUGUCUUAGUGUGAAGAACUACAAUUUAAUUGUGUAUAAUAAAUGUUGUAUUCACUA